GUACAUGCAUGCAUGUACCGACACAAUCCCAAACAGCUUGCCGGCGCAUCAGAGAAAAGCCAGCUUGCAUCGGUGUGUUUCUGGAAGAGGCCACCUUGCACCGCCCAGAAACAUCCAACUACCACUUACUUACAUGACCAUCUGCUAGCAAGGCAGCCUGAGAACGCCAAUUGCAGAUGGCACCAAUGUUUUGUCAAGUUUGAGCCAUUGAGGGAGUGAUUGAUAUACUGGGUGCUUCCCGGUCCAGCUCCGAGCUGCUUGCCCCUCGGCUUCUAGUGACGUCCUGCGAGUUCAGAUCACAUUGUUCAUCUUGUUGCCACCAGCAAUCAUGAUACGGCUUCUAAGUCUGCCAGGCGGUCUAGCUGCUACGCUGCUAGCCGCUGUGUGUCUUGGCCCUAACUAUGUGACCGCCAGCCAUCCAGUGCAUGUAGCAAUGAAGGCUGCUUUUCCAGCUCCUCCAUAUCUUGUCGAGCUCCUAGAAACAGCUGCUGGAGAAAAUGCCACUUCCUAUUUCCCUUUACUUGAUCGCAUUGCCGAAGGAGCCUUUCGCGACGCCAUUAGCGACAGAGCCUUGUACGAAAGAUUUCUCGAAAUCCUGCACCAGGACGGCCAUUUCGCAACGCCCGAGUCGCUGUCUACCUUUAAGCUAGCUCUUUCCCUAAGAACCGCGGCGCCUAGGAUAGAGGCACACUACCAAUACUAUGAUACUGCCGUGACACCGUCGUUGGGGGAGGCUCAAGAUAAUUGCGACCAAUGGGUCCUCCUAGACAGAAAGCAGUAUUGCUCAGAUUCGCUUUCCAAACCAGAUGGCUCGGUGCCGGGAGAAUCACAAAUCCGUGUACUCCCCUUUGAUAGGGCCCUGGGUAACGGCGCCGAAGCCAUUCUCUAUGCUGAUAUCACAAAACCCGAGUUUGGCCCUUUCCACAAAACACUUACAGAUAUGGCCCGUAAAGGCGAUAUAUCUUACCGCUUGAGAUAUCGCAUAAGUCAGCGCGGCGAGCGAGAGGCCUUGCCUGUCAGUGGCUAUGGAGUGGAACUCCAGCUCAAGCGGACCGAUUAUAUUGUGAUUGAUGAUCGUGAGGCCCACGAUUCUACUCUCGACAAGCCUAAGAAAACAGCAUCUACUGAGGUCGUUUUGGAUGGUGAGGAGGAAAUGAGUGACCUCAAGCCGCUAGCUGCCAGUGAAUUGGCUGGCCUUGGCUUGAAGACUGGCUCUUUUAUCAUGGAGAGCGAGGACCCGUUCCAAACUUUAAUCAAACUGACCCAGGACUUCCCUCGGUUUUCCACAUCGGUGGCAGCUCGGAAUGCUUCGAAUGCGUUCAUCACCGAACAUCGUCAAAACCGAGAAGUAGCAGCACCUGCUGGGGCAAACGCUCUAUGGCUAAAUGGUGUGCAAUUGUCUGAACGUCAAAUCGAUCCAUAUACACUUAUUAGCAGUAUUCGCCGAGAAAGAGCUUUCAUCAAAGGGGCGACGGAUCUCGGUCUUACUGCAAAGCAAGCUAUUUCCCUCCUCGGCAAUCAGGAGGUAACCAUGGCCAAGAGCGAGGACGAAGGUCCACGGUUUGACUGGAGAGAUGAUCUGGAAGAUGGGCGUGUGAUUAUUUGGCUCAAUGACAUCGAGAAGGACAAGCGCUAUGCUAGUUUCUCCCCGAACCUCUCGACGCUCAUGCAAAUGUCCUAUAUGAGCCAAAUGCCACAGAUUCGCAAGGACAUAUUUAACCUUGUUGUUCCAGUUGACCUUAGCAGUGCAGAAGAUGUCAAACUGGUUGUGCAAAGGCUGCAGGCUCUUGUAAAGCGCGCCCUUCCUAUACGGUUCGGUUUAGUGCCGCUGUCUCCGACUAAGGAGGCCGAAGAACGAGCCAAACUCGUCUAUUAUUUGACACAGAACUAUGGGUUACCUAGCGUGAUGUCUUUCCUGGAACCAUUUAUGAUAGAAGACCAAGCAACACAAUCCGAUCAGGGAAGCUUUGAUAAAGCCAUUAAAAGUCACAAACUGAGGACAGAUGCAGAUGAGCUCUCCUUUGGCGACAUUUUCACUUCACAAGAUUAUGAAACCCAGUUGCAGCUCGCAAAGCAUUGGGUUGAAAGGCUUCAAGCACAUGCUAGUAUACCUCCUGUAUUCUUCAAUGGCUAUGCUAUUCCCCGAGAAGAUAACUGGCUUCAGCUCAUGAGCAUGAGACUUUCGACCGACUUGCAACAAGUUCAAGCAGGUGUGUUCAUGGGAACUGUUACAGAUGACAUGUGGAUACCCAGUUUGUUCCUGGAAAAUGCGCUUGCACGUCGAAACCCCUAUACCUUCCCUGACGAUGAUAACCCUCUCAAAGUCUUAAACAUCCAUAAGCUGUAUUCCGAGCAUGAUGAUUUGCUUGGGAAAGUCCCUGUCAUCGAGGCAGAUGCUGAUGCGAAUAGAGAACAGUGGGCUGUUCUCACCUUAAUCGCCGAUCUCAGCACCUCACCAGGCCUUCAACUCCUUCAUUCUAUUCUGGCAUUCCGUCGGGGGAAUCCAGGUGUCCGCGUGGACAUCGUGCAUAAUCCUAUGUCAACAUCAAACGCUUAUAAAAUCAACUCUCUCUUGGUCGAGAGUGCAGACAAGCUUUUGGACGUUGAGAAUAUUGAAACUUUGGAAGCCCUUGUAUCUGGAGAUGCUGACAAGCAAGACAAUGGAUACGGGCAGGCUUUGGCACGGUUCCUUGCAUAUUCCGGACUGGCACCAGGAGAAAAAGCACUCCUUCUUAAUGGUCGAAUCGUUGGCCCUAUCAAUGCUGAUUUUUCCUUCCAAAAGGACGAUGUAGAGCAGCUAUUUCAGUUUGAGCAGUCGAAGAGAAUCCUUCCUGUGUACCAAGCUGCUGAAAAUUUAGGUCUUGCAGAAAAGGUCUCUGGUCCAAUCGCUUCUGCCAAGCUUACAUCCAUCACCGCACUAUCAACAAUCUCCGACUUACCUGAAGGCAUUUUCGAUUCCACCUCGAUCGUCCGAACGGCAGUUUUUGAUCUAUGGAGCUCCUCGCACACUGCUAUUGAUAUCGGCGACGCCGAAACCGCCGACGUCCAUUUCGUUGCUCUCCUCAACCCUACCAGCGAAAUAGGGCAAAGAUGGGCACCAAUUCUGAAGGUGCUUUCGGAGUUAGAUGGUGUCUUCGUACGUAUCUUUUUGAACCCGAAUGAGAGGCUAGAAGAAUUGCCGAUCAAGAGAUUCUACCGAUAUGUUCUUCAAUCAGAACCCUCAUUCGACGACCAUGGAGUCCUUCUUUCGCCGGGCGCUACAUUCAAAGGUUUACCGUCCGAGGCCUUACUCAAUCUGGGAAUGGAUAUCCCGCCAGCGUGGCUAGUUGCUGCAAAGGAUUCUGUUCAUGAUCUAGACAACUUAAAAUUAAGCUCUAUCAAGUCUGAUGUAGAAGCGAUCUAUGAAUUGGAAAAUAUUCUUAUUGAGGGACACUCGCGGCAACUUCCUGGAGGCAGCCCGCCACGAGGUGUACAGCUACUGCUAGGCACUGAGCGCGACCCGCACUUUGCUGACACGAUCAUCAUGGCAAACAUAGGCUAUUUCCAGUUCAAGGCUAACCCAGGAUACUACAACAUCCGUCUACAGGAGGGAAAGAGCUCUGAUAUCUUUGAUAUCAUCAGUGUCGGCGCCAAGGGUUACGAGGCUGUGCCGGGUGAUGAGGGGACUGAAGUUGCGCUUAUGGAUUUCCGAGGUACAACCCUAUACCCUCGGCUCCGGCGUAAGGAAGGAAUGGAAACUGCGGAUGUGCUGGAGGAUUCCAAUUCAGAGGGCGCCGGUGACCUUCUCUCUCGCGGUAUCAAAUUUGCCGAGGGGAUUUUAGGAGGCUCAAAGUCUAGAUCUAAGUCACUUUCAGACGAGAUUCAUGCAGAGAUUAACAUAUUCUCUGUAGCAAGCGGUCAUCUCUACGAACGUAUGCUUAACAUUAUGAUGGUUUCGGUCAUGAAAAACACGAAACACACCGUUAAGUUUUGGUUCAUCGAACAAUUUCUUUCGCCAUCUUUCAAGGAGUUCAUACCGCACCUAGCCAAGGAGUAUGGGUUCAAAUACGAAAUGGUUACAUACAAGUGGCCUCACUGGCUACGUUCCCAGAAAGAGAAACAGCGCGAAAUUUGGGGCUAUAAGAUCCUCUUCCUCGAUGUCUUGUUUCCCCUUUCUCUCGACAAAGUCAUUUUUGUCGACGCAGACCAGAUCGUCCGUACUGAUAUGAUAGACCUCAUCAAUCACGAUUUAGAUGGCGCACCCUACGGCUUCACACCUAUGUGCGAUUCUCGCACCGAGAUGGAAGGUUUCCGUUUCUGGAAGCAGGGCUACUGGAAGAACUAUCUCCGCGGUUCACCAUACCAUAUAUCUGCUCUAUACGUCGUAGACCUUCGUCGUUUCAGGCAGCUUGCUGCUGGCGACCGCCUCAGACAACAAUACCACCAGCUCAGCGCAGAUCCAAACAGCUUGUCAAACCUGGACCAGGAUCUGCCAAACCAUAUGCAAUUCGUAAUUCCGAUACACAGCCUGCCACAGGAGUGGCUGUGGUGCGAGACGUGGUGCAGUGAUGAGAGUCAAAAGGAGGCGAGAACAAUUGAUCUCUGUAACAACCCACAGACUAAAGAACCAAAGCUGGAUCGUGCGCGGAGACAGGUUCCGGAAUGGACAGUCUAUGAUGAAGAGAUUGCAGCACUCGAUAGGCGGCGGAAGGGUCUAGACGGCUCACAGAAGAUCCCUGGUGCUGAUGAACUGAAUACUAAGAGUAGGCGACUUGAAGACGAGAGUGCAAAGACCAGGACGAAAGACGAGCUAUAGAUAGUAUGUGUUCAGCAUACAGGUUCAUAGAUGAUAUAUAGAACGAGUGAAUAGAAAUUGCUGGUGCUACA